GCCUGUUACAAAUAUAUUACUAUUUUAUUUUAUUUUUCCUUUUCCUUUCUUCUCUCCCUGCCUUUGUAAUAAUAAGCUGUAGCUAGCUACUAUUUUCUUAUCCCUUCUGCAAAUUCUGAUACAACUCCUACUCUUAUACACUUCUCUUUUUAUCUUCCCCAUCACUCUGUUUAUCAGACAUUCUCCCAGUCCCAUGGAAAUUGACCAGUUAAAGUCUGCAACAGGAGAUGAAAUGAAGACGAUGAUGAUGAUGAUGCAGAUGCAGAUGGGAAAGCUCCCUGAAUUCUACGGGGACUACAACAACGUUGUUGAAUUUCCUCACGCUGAGCUAGCUGAUCACGCUACCAAUAGUUCCAAUACUAGCAAUUAUAGCAUCAAUGGCAAUAGCAUGCCGCAUUUUGUUGAAAACCCACAGGUUGGUUCACCCGGACCAUUUGCAAACCUGCCAACGACCACUAUUUCAUUCAAUGGUUCAACGCCGGUUCAAGAACCAAGUUUCUCGUUUACCCCAGACAGUGCAAGUGCAGGGGAAUUAUUAUUAUUAUCAUCCGGUUCAAAUGCUUCUUCCACCUCUUCCCAAAAGAUGAAUUCAAUGGCCGCAAUGAGGGAGAUGAUCUUCCGAAUAGCCGCUAUGCAACCGAUUCAUAUAGACCCUGAGUCAGUGAAGCCACCAAAGAGAAGAAACGUGAAGAUAUCAAAGGACCCUCAAAGUGUGGCGGCACGGCACCGGAGGGAGAGGAUAAGUGAGAGAAUUAGGAUACUUCAAAGGCUUGUCCCCGGAGGAACCAAAAUGGACACUGCAUCCAUGUUAGAUGAGGCAAUUCACUAUGUCAAGUUUUUGAAGACUCAGGUGCAGUCACUGGAGAGAGUUGCCACUAGCAGGCCAGCUGGGUUAGGGUUCCCUGUUGCAAUGUCUAAUGGGAGUUUACAUCCAAUGGGAAAACCAUAUCAACCUACUCAAAACCUUCAGGAAUUUGGAGAUGCUUGGCUAAGUUAGCUUAAUAAAAACAAGUAUCUUUAGCAUAAACCUUUUCUUUCUUUCUUUCUUUUUUUUUUUUUUCCUUUUUUGGCUAGCAAAUGUUAGACUUAUUUGGAUGUAUAAAAUAAAAAACAAAAAGCAAAACGAAUUGAUAAUCAUGAUCAUGGAUGACUGUUAGUAGUGUCUUCAUGUUUUAGCCAUGUUGUAUUGCUAUGUAUAUUUCAGGCUCAAAUCCCUG